AUGCCUUCAGCUAGAGUCUCACGGGUGGCGCUACCGUUAAUGAGCAUAUGCCGACCUACAAAGCAAGCUGCACCUGCUAUUUACCAUGUCGCAAGAAGUGUACAUCAAAGUACUCGAUUACCUGCUAUUGCAGCUUCGAACGCACGAAACCGACCUACUUUACAUCCAUUACACCAGCCGUCGAAUCUGCUAAAUCCUGCAGCAGUCGGUGGUACACGUAGCAUCUUUAUACAGACCGAACCUACUCCAAAUGAGCACGCUCUAAAGUUUCUUCCUGGGAUUACAGUACUUCCCAAGGACUUCAACUCGGCCUUUGUCGAAUACUCGAACCCUCGGGCUACAAUAUCUCCUCCUCAUCCUUCGCCGCUAGCUGCUAGUUUAAUGAACGUUGAUGGAGUCGCGCGGGUAUUUUAUGGAACAGAUUUCAUUACAGUAACGAAACGCGAGGAUGCGCAGUGGCCACACGUCAAGCCAGAGGUGUUUGCACUUAUUACAGAAGCUGUGACCUCCGGCGCACCAAUGGUCAAUGUAGUGGGCGAUCAAGCUGGGCAAGUGGAUAGUUUGAGUUAUGAUGAGAAUGACCCAGAGGUGGUUGGCAUGAUCAAAGAGUUGCUCGAGACGCGGAUUCGGCCAGCUAUACAAGACGACGGUGGAGACAUUGAUUAUUGCGGUUUUGAGGACGGCCAGGUCCUUGUAAAGCUCCGAGGUUCUUGUGACGGUUGUGCCUCGAGUGCUGUCACCCUUAAAAACGGAAUUGAGGGUAUGCUUAUGCACUAUAUUGAGGAAGUGAAAGGAGUAACUCAGGUGCUUGACGAGGCUGAAAAGGUCUCUGAAUUAGAAUUCGCAAAGUUCGAAGAGAAGCUUUUGGGUUCAAGAAAAGGACCUGACGAAAAGCAGCAGGAAAACGUAGGGGCUUAA